CAGAGACCAGAGGACAUGGAGCUGAGUGGAGUGGCCGUGGCCCUGGGGCCCACCGGCCAGCUCCUUUUACUCCUGUGCUUCAGGACCCUGGCCGCCCAGACUGCAGACACCUGUCCAGGCUCAACAGCCCCACUUCAUCUGCGACUAGGACAGCACAGGCCCGAGGUCACACAGGUCUCGACGCUGCCACCGAGGAGAAGGACCAUGCCCAUCACUUUCUCCGUCUUCUCCUGGACUUUUCAGAAAGAUGUUGGAAGAUGUUCUAAUCCAAGGGCUCCCACGUUUACUUGGGAGGUGAAGCUGGUGGGUCUGGAGGGCUCCGACAAGCUCUCCAUCCUCCGAGGCUGCCCGGGGCUGCCAGGACCCACAGGGCCCAAAGGAGAGGCAGGCGCCAGUGGACAGAAGGGAGAGCGAGGUUCUCCCGGAGUCCCUGGGAAGGCAGGGCCGGCCGGGCCCAAAGGUGACUGCGAACACGCCGACCCCCGGACCUCCGCCUGGACCUGCUCCUGCUGGGGGCGGGGGAGGGAGGAUCGACCAGAAGGCCAGCUGCACAGACUCCGGUUCCACCUUCCAAGGAUAAAACGCUCUCUGAGCACAUCUUACUCCCCACUUACCCAAGUGAUAGGCAGCCAUUGCCUGGAUAACUCGAGACCUAGGACCUGUAAGGAGCUGCUCACCAGGGGGCACUUUCUGAGCGGCUGGCACACCAUCUACCUGCCCGACUGCCGGCCCCUGACCGUGCUGUGUGACAUGGACGUGGACGGCGGGGGGUGGACCGUUUUCCAGCGAAGGAGCGACGGCUCUGUGGACUUCUACCGGGACUGGGCCGCAUACAAGCAGGGCUUCGGCAGUCAGCUGGGAGAGUUCUGGCUGGGGAAUGACAACAUCCACGCCCUGACCGCCCAGGGAAGCAGCGAGCUGCGGGUAGACCUCAUGGACUUUGAGGGCAACCACCGAUUUGCCAAGUACCAGUCAUUCAAGAUGGCGGCUGAGGCAGAGAAGUACAAGCUGGUCCUGGGAGCCUUUGUCGGGGGCAGUGCAGGUGAUUCCCUGACGCCCCACAAGGACCAGUUCUUCUCCACCAAAGACCAAGACAAUGACCAGAGUUCCUCUAACUGUGCAGUGCAGUACCAGGGGGCCUGGUGGUACAACAGUUGUCACUCAUCCAACCUGAACGGCCGCUACCUCGGGGGGCCGCACACGAGCUAUGCCAAUGGUGUCAACUGGAGGUCGUGGAGAGGGUACAACUACAGCUACAAGGCAACCACGAUGAAGGUGCGGCUCACCUAGGUGCGCGGGCCCGCAGCCCGACCCCACGCCUCCCUGGGCCCCCUGCCUGCGGCCUCCCAAAACCCCACUCAGUCCCCAGCGAAGGCCAGCACACAUGCUCCCCCGCCGCCCCUUUGCUGAACAAGACCUGCUUGCCCAGCCCCUUCUCUCUCAUCAAAGGGUCCGAACCCUCGUGCCCCACAGCCUCACCAGAAGAAGGAUCACGUUUUAAAACUGUUUGCUUUCUGGCAGA